AUGCGAGUUAUUCAUUUUUAUUUGGUGAGUAUUUUUUUGUCUGGUGCUAAAUUAAGCCUAGGUAUGUUGAAAGGUGUAGGCUUAAUGACAGCUAAUUCCCCUACUAGUAUAAUGUCAGGUAUUGACCUAUCAAGUCAAAAAACCAAAUCAAGCAUCCUUUUUCCAUCUUCAACAAAUAACAAUCGUUCAACUUCUAAGUUUUCGAUGAACAAAUCAAAUAACCAAGCUCUAAAUAGUAAUAACUAUAUUACAUCAGAGAUGUCGGUAGUAAAUAAAAAUAAAUCACACACAUUUGCAAGUCAAAAUCAUAUUGCUCUACAAUUAGCAGAAUCGUUUUACGAUAGUCCGGGUGAACCUGGUACCGAUUCAUUCAAAUUGUAUGACGCUACAGCAAGUGUUUUCAAAGCUAUAUUUAAAACUUGGCUAAAAUCUAAAGACCAACUAGAUGAUGUCGCAAAUCGUCUAGGGAUUCCUGAUGAAAUUGUUCUAACAGUGAAUGGUUCAAUGGCACAACUGUUCGCCUUUCAACACGACAAUAAUAUAUUAAUAGAAUUAGAAAAUAUAUCAAGAGUGUUCUACUACAUGACUGACGUUAAACACAUGAUUAAAAGAGAUAAAAACAUGGACACCGUUAUUGAUACUAUAAAACCGUUGAUAAAAAAUAUAGAACACGAUAGAGCGCUAAAUGAUAUAGGCGAAUAUGGUGAUAGUGAUCUAGAUACUGUUGUUGGAAAUCUAAAUGACUUUCUAGAAAAUUAUAAAAAUGACAAUUAUAAUAACAGCGACAUUAUGGUUAAUGCAGCAUUAAUGAAAGGCAUGAUGCUCAUAAACCAAACAGAAAAUGACGAAUUCAAUUACGCAUUGAAUAAGCUGAGAAUAUCGUUAUCAAAAGAAUUCUUGAAAAAAGUUGAAGAUAAUCAAUACGAAAUAGAUGGAUCGUUGAUAGCAGAGAAUCACGUAGAAGUGAUUCGUAAUUCGAUGCCAAGUAUAUUCAGUUUAUUGCUCAACCACAUCGAAUUAUUAAAAAUCUUGUCAACACAUACACUUGUUGAUAGUGAACAGAAAAUAACUCAAUAUGUGAGCAAAUGUUUGAAAAAAAUUAUGUCUACCUUUAUAAAUCGUUUUAAAAAUGUUGGGAAAUUAAAUCAAAAAGAAAUUUCAGAUUUAGACAAAAUAGCACAAUUGUUGGAAAAUCUGGACACUGGUAAAGCGGAUAAGGAAAACAAUGAAGAACCAAGUAAAACGUCUCAGGAAAAUACUCAAGAUUCAAGUGAAACGGAUAAGAAUAAAACUCAAGAACCAACUACACCAAAAUUAGAUAUUAAAGAAUUAUUGGCUUUAACGGAACCCGCGAUCGCUGCAGUAUUGAAUCUAGCAGGAGAAAAGGAUGUACAAAAAUGGAAAAAUAAUACAGUUUUUAAAUUCAAAAAUUUUCAAAAAAAUCAGGUUAAAGAAUAUUAUAUGAAUUUGUUAACUAAUAAUUCUGACACAGCUUAUUACUUGGUAAGAUCAUUUGAAAAAAAAUUCUUAAAUGAAAUUGACUAUAAAAAAUUUCAUGAUGGAGGCAGCCAGAAUUAUUUUAUUUAA